UGCAUAUGGCGAGGCGAUGUCUAGUCAGCAUGGACCAGACUAUGACUGGAGGACCUCACCUAUUGAUCCUCAGGCUAUGUAUGCAAGUGGUGGAAAAGCUCAUGGAAGGUACACAAUGUUUGCUAACGUCAUCGACUCGAGCCAGGUGAGGGUUCAGCGUGGAGGUUCAUCGAGGUCUGCUGCUCGUAGCUCCCGUCGCUGCACUCAAGAUCCAGCAGAAGUGGAGGAACUGCGAGAAGAACUUAGGCGACAUCAGGAUUAAUUGAAGCAACAAGCUGCGCAACAUGAAUAUUAUGCUACACAGAUUCAGCAACAGCAAACACUCAUACAAGUAAGUUCAAAAGAUAAUAGCUUUCACUUUAAGAUAUGUAUUGAUUUAAAACGCUGAUGUGAAUGAGUUCGACAAAUUUGUAGCAACUAGCACAGGCCUAAGGGAUACACGUCCCGGUGC